AACACAUCGCAGAGGUCGCGCUGGCGUGACAAGAGUAUGAACCUGCUGCGCCAUGUGUUCUUGGCCGCCUCCGUGAUGGCUGAAACCGCACGUAAUACCUACCAGCUACAGAUUACGACAAACUCGCCUCUAGCCUACUCUUUAUUUCUUCUGUGCCUUCGAUGCAAAAGGUUCGACGAGUCGGAAAGAGAGUUGUUACGCUACCGGAUAGCCGUAGCCAGUGGUACAGUGGGAGUGCGAGCGGACACGGUCAUCGUCCCACCUUGUUCAACUACGUCGAUCGUUUCCUCCACAUCACAGUUUCAGCAGCACGAUUUUCGGAAUAGCCAUUUCACCAGGACGUGGGAUGCGAAGAUGUCUGUCAACUCGGAAGCCGCUCGUCAAGAACUCAUCAAUAUCUGCGCACAACAGCUGUCCUCUUUCCAGAGAAGCGGUGAUGCAUUCUGCAUCUUUUCAAAGGUGACAGCGGGUACUGGCGGGGUAUAUGGGGAAUACAUCUCCCACAUACCACCAGCACCGUCGAUUGCAACGGAUCUCCAACAGCAGUCACCGAGGACUCUCUUCGUUCUGGAUUCAUCCUUUAACCCGCCAACGUUGGCUCACAUGCGCAUGGCCGCUUCAGCCAUCCGCUCAACGAAAGCCAAAUUGGCAGAUGACGCCCGUCUGUUGUUGCUCCUAGCCGUCAACAACGCCGACAAGGCCCCCAAGCCGGCCGCCUUCCCGCUCCGGAUGGCUAUGAUGCAGCUAUUCGCCCAGGAUCUCAUCACCACUCUGACCUCGUCCUCGUCAACCGAGGAUGUUCACGCCGAAGGGCUCACCAUCGACCUCGGCCUCACGACCGGACCAUACUUCCACGAGAAGAGCCGGGUGAUCGCCGAGUCGGGGCUGUACCCCUCGCAAACGGAGCAGGUCUUCCUUGCGGGCUACGACACUCUGAUCCGCAUCUUCAACCCCAAGUAUUACGGUGCCGCGGGCGGCAUGCGCGAGGCCCUCGAACCGUUCCUAGGCCGCUCGCGGCUGCGGAUCACGAUGCGGACGGACGACGCCUGGGGUGGGAGAGAGGAUCAGCUGGCGUACGUCGAGGGGCUGCGGGACGGAGGGCUCGAAGACGUCGGUGGGCUAGCGGCGUGGUGUGAUAGGGUGGAUUUGGUAGAUGGGGAUGAAGAGGCUGUGAGUAGCACGAAGGUCAGAGAAGCAGCAAAGUCUGGGGAUGGCGCCGCGCUGGAGAAGUUGGUUAGUCCACGAGUGAAGGUGUUUGUGAUAAGUGAGAGGCUGUAUGCCGAAGAGAAGUGAACGUCUUUUUUUUGACUCGGUAUUCGGGAGGGACGACACCGAGACACGGCCAUUGGUUGCCCUCUGAAGCCCGGUCGUUCUCGGCAUAGGAUGGAGUCUGUGAACGGCCCGGCUUUGGGUCUUUUUGGAGCAAUGCCUUAGACCAGUGCAUGUGUUGUAUCACGAAGAGACCAAGGGCGUUCAUCUGCUUGAAAACGGGACCACCAGCGUGAAGAUUGGAGAAUCGCGAGUAUCGAGAAGCAUGUGAAGUCUACUUACUGCAAUCCAGCCUUUCCCAAUACAAAAUUUC